CAACCAUGGGAUCUUCACUUCUGUCUGCUAUUGCAAAAAGGCUGGAGGGUAAGGUGGCACUGAUCACCGGUGGUGCAGGCGGAAUCGGAAAGUGCACCGCCGAACUAUUCUGCAGGCACGGCGCUAAAGUGAUGAUCGCAGAUAUCAACGACGAACUGGCCCACUCCGUCUGCCAAGACAUAGGCCCCAUAUCGGCAUCCUUCGUCCACUGUGACGUCACCGACGAAUCCGACGUCCAGAAUGCCGUGGACGCCACAGUCUCCAAGUACGGCGGGCUCCAUAUCAUGUUUAACAACGCUGGCAUCAUGAGCACACCCACACCCAAUAUCCUCCACGACGAUAAGGCUGAGUUCGACAGGAUUUUUAGUGUCAAUGUCACAGGAGCCUUCUUGGGCACAAAGCACGCCGCACGUGUUAUGAUCCCUGCCCGUUGCGGCAGCAUUAUCAACACUGCUAGUAUCUGCUCCAUCAGGGGCGCUGUCGCACCCCACUCGUACACGGCCUCGAAGCAUGCGCUACAGGGGCUCACCAAGAACACGGCCGUGGAUCUAGGACGAUUCGGAAUUCGGGUAAACUCAGUGUCUCCGUACGUGGUGCCAACGCCCAUGUCGAAGGGACUCCUUAAGGCGGCUGACUUGCCGGAAGAGGUGUAUUCUAACCUCAAAGGAGUGGAGCUGAAACCGGAAGAUGUGGCUGAUGCAGCUCUCUAUCUAGGGAGUGACGAGUCCAAGUAUGUGAGUGGGCAUAACCUCGUCGUAGAUGGUGGCUUCUCCAGCUCAAAUACUGCUUUCACCAUUUACGAUCAACGAAAGGAGUAA